AUGGCCAAAAUCAGUCAAGACGUUUCAUCUUCCCGUUCAAAAGCUAGAAAAGCUUACUUCACUGCUUCUUCUGCUGAAAGAAGACCUUUAUUAUCAGCUCCUUUAUCCAAGGAAUUAAGAGCUCAAUAUAACAUUAAAUCUUUACCAAUUAGAAAAGAAGAUCAAGUUACCGUUGUUAGAGGUUCUAAAAAAGGUUCUGAAGGUAAAAUUAGUUCAGUUUAUAGAUUAAAAUUUGCUGUUCAAGUUGAAAAAUUACAAAAGGAAAAAUCAAAUGGUGCUUCUGUUCCAAUUAAUCUUCAUCCAUCUAAAGUUGUUAUCACUAAAUUACAUUUAGAUAAAGAUAGAAAGGCUUUAAUUGAAAGAAAAGGUGGUAAACUCGAAUAA